GUGUACGGGAGGAGGAGGAGGAGGAGGAGGAGGUGCGGCAGAGCAGACUUCGAAGAAGAGGAGAGCGCUGUUGUUCCGUCAGAAACUCUGUAGCCUGUCGAGCCCAGACAAUCAGUCAGUCAGUCAGUAAGUCAGACAGACAGUCAGUUAGUUAUUGAAGACGGAGACGGGUUUCUGUCAAAGUUACCCGUCCCAUUAUCACCCAGAAAGUUGUCUGCAAACUUGAGUGGAUUGUUUAAUUUAUAUGAGAGGAGGAAGUCGAGGAGGUGAAGCUACGAGCGUCCGUGUGAGGGAAUGGAGAAGCACAAAGGUAAGAAAAGAUGAUUUAACGAUGUUAAUGAUUGAACAUGAGAGAAGAAGAGAUCUUGACUUCUUGGUUGUCCCUGUUUCAUAGCUGACAUGACAUCUGGGCGUUAUUCCAACUUGUUUGCUGCGAUGUUCAUUGGAGGGCUUACAAAGUCUUUACAAAAUGAUUUUUCUUUAUUCUAACAUGCUCAUAAACUUAACCAAGAGACGAUAUUUAUCUGUGUUUGAUGUCUUACAGUCCUCUGUAUUUGAUUGAACAUGCAAAACUUUGAAUUUGGCUGAGUUAUCGGUCACCUGCUACCAAUAAUGACGAUGAAAGCUCCUCUGGUUUGGUUAUUUAGUAGUUGACAAAAAUAGACAGAUUCCUUGUCAAACUAGGUUCAAACUCCUUUGAGUUUAAAGCACCCUGAAGAAAAAAAUGUUUGGCUUAUUUUCAAAUCCCCCCCUCAAAGCUGGCUCUAUAAAACAGUUUACACUGUGGCUACUGAUGGAUUCCAAUAGCUGCAACAUUGUUCCCAUGGCAUUCCUGAAAUUCCUGCAGCUAUUUGUUCAUGAGGGAUGAGCAAGGCUGUUUAAUACUUCCUGAUUGGUAUAAACAAAGAGUUUAAGUCAAAAUGCAGACUAGAGUUCUUGGCCAUGAAUGCACCAUACCUUACUGUAUCUGACCAUCUGGGGGAAAAAAAAGACAACUGUGUGUUUUCAUCACCCUGAACUGCUCUAUCAGGAUCAAUGUCACUCAUCCUGAUAGAGCAGUUUUACGGUCUGAAAACAAUGGACAUCUAACUGGGAUGGAAUCAGCAGAAUCUUGCUCCAACAUUCCUGUUCUCCAGCUGAUCUGACUGGCUGGGUUUGUUUACUCCCACGCUCUCACAGAAAAAUACAGUGCGGCAAAAAGCCAAACACAGAGUUGUUCUGUUUAUCCUGUUAUGGGGAUUUCAGUAUUGCAGUGGUGACUUUGGAUUGGUCUUUCAAUCAUGUGUUUGUCCAUGUGGUCGAUUAGAUUAGGAGAUUCAACAUUUGGUUGAUGAGACAGUACCUUUUAAAAAUGAUAAAUAAAUGUGUAUGUUUCGUAUUUUUCAUGAAAAAAAAAACAGUUUUGGCUUCCCAAAUGCUGAGUUUGUAGUUAUCUGCACUUCUUUCUCUAUCUUUUCUCUUCAGGGAUGUAAAUUUGGACCUCAGGAAUUUAAAUGGGUAAUUCCUGUGAUGUCAAGCAUGUGGUUGACAAAACAAUCAAUCAUUUAAAAAAAAUAUACCUUUUAGAAAAGUUGCAGUUCCCUCAAGAGCUGCAAUACCUCACUUUAAACUGUGAAUUUUCUUGACUAUACAGAGGUGAUUAACCUUUCAUGUUGUAUCUGCAAUCCAAAUCUGAUCGUCCACUAGGGACGCAAGACUGUAUAAACAUGGACAGCACAGCAGCCACCCAAAGGUAAAGUCAAAACUUUUAGAGCUCCCCCUCAUGACUGGCUGCAUAAAGCCAAUUCAUUCCAUGUUAAAGGGAUAUUACGGCGUUAAAUUAAUUUAGGGUCAAACACACCGUAACAUCAAGUUAGACACCCCCUUGAGCGAUGAAUGUUGCAGACCGCUUGCUUCUCUAGUUAUACCAACUUAAGUAACAACCACAGGGUGGCAAUACACAGUGGUCUAAGGAGCCAUAAACAAACCUCUACCAAAACGUCACUCUAUAGCCACAAAUAAUGCUCAGAACAGCACCUAACUUCAUCAACAGUACAUAUUGGGUCCCAGCCACAGCACUAGCCACCAAACAUCUUUUCAACUUUGCAUAAUUUCUUUGGCAAAGAGACUUAACACAACUCACCUACUCUCUUCCAGCAGCCGCUUAUUUGUAUGGAGACCUCAGGCCAGUCCAUUACGGACAGCUUCGGGGUGACGCAGCUCAAGGAAGAACAUUUAUUAUCAUUUCUUUAUCAUUUCCUUUAGUAAUAAUCAUCAUAAUAAUUAUUUUGCACUGCAGACGCAGUAGUUCUUCUGCCUUUGCGUCUCGGUCUGAUUACAUUUCCAUGAAGACAUGAUGGUUGAGUUUUGUUUAUGGCUCCUCAGACCGCUGUGUAUUGCUAUCCUGCGGUUAGAGAAGCAAGCGGUUGGCAACAUUCAUCUCUGGAGGGGGUGUCUAACUCAGUGUUGCGGUGUGUUUGGCCCUAAAUUAAUUUUACGCCGGAAUAUCCCUUUAACAGAUGGGAAAUGGGUCAAACUAGGAAACAUCUUUUAAUGGCCACUGAAAACCUUGGGGACCACUGGGCUAGGGGAAGGGGUGUGACACCAGUCUUGCACUCAUACUUUGGCUCCAAAAUAUGUCUCCUGUGCACUAUGUCAGCACCCAUUGAGGCAAUAUUAUGACCUCACUUCUUACAAUAAGAGGAGACUUCACUGUACAUAUCUUUACACGGUAAAUACAUUAGAUUUUCUUCUUAGGUUGGGUGUGGGGGUGAGAUAAAAAUGCACCAUAAAAGUGCUGCUAAGAAAGUUAAAAGGUUCCCAUGAGUUCUGACUGAAAGGCUGACAUGUUUUGCAGUACAGGUGGGAUGAAUAGAUUACUGUGUUACUCGUAAGUGAAAAGGAGAUCUAAGGGCAUAUGAAGCAACACAGAGCAAUAGUGCUACAGCUGGUAUACAGAAACUGAGCCGCUGUGUGUGGCUGAAAAGGGAACUCAGCGGCACCAGGGCUCUGAUAUGACACUAACCGCCAAAGGCAACCAGUGGAAGAGGUAAAGGAGAGGACGACAUGGGAAAAUCCAGGGAGGCCUAUGACAAGGAAAGGCAUUGUUUAGUAUUCUGGAUGUGCUGUUCUGUGUUUCUCAAACCUGAUUAAUUUAGGUUUCAGUAUGUGUACUGGUUCUCACACCUUCUGCCAAAGACUGAGAUUAAAUUAGAGAAAGCACCUGGUGCUGUAUUGAGGGAUAAUUAGUACUGUAGAGACCCAGCCAAGAGAUGAUUGGGUCAGUUUUUCAAUUCAGUAAGUGGUUGAUUGGUUGCUUUUCCCAGCCUCUUAUAUCUGUGCGUUUUCAAUGCUCAAUGAAAAUCAUAUUCAGUUAUUAUCAGCUGACAAAUCACCAACAUAAAAAUGUGUUUUCAUUUUGAAGCCAAGGAAAAGAAACAAUCUACAAAUGAUUCAGAAUAUCCAUAAUUUUCCUGAAAAUUCCCAUUAAAGGAAAUGGAGAUGUUUGUUUUCUUUUUUUGCAAGAUCCUCCCUAAUAUUUAUUUUCUUCCCAUCCUUGUCAAUCACUGCCCUCCACCUCAUGCCUCUGCUUAUUUUGCUUUCCAUGUGAUCAUGGAGCCACCAGUUUUUGGGUAAAGCAUGUGCGAAGUUCUCUGUGCAGCUGAUUUCACGUCUUUGCAGAAAAGAGCAAUAAUAUGGUUUAUUAUCCAGCAUCCAUGAUCGUUCUCCAACAAUAAUCUGACUCUGUAAAAGUAAAUUGUUAGACAAAGAGAGACAGACUGGCAAAGACAGUAUGUUGAUGGAUUCAUGUAUCACGUGGCACACAAGAUAAAUAGUUUAUAAGUAUAUCAAAGAUUUCUGUCUUUUUUGUCCGUGCUCAUUGACAAGGCAUCAGAAGGAUGUUAACAAAUGUUGAUCAGAGACCUCUUUGAUGGCAGCAUCCAGGUGUUUUACUAGAUUCGGAGUUGCUGAUAUUAUGGCACAAGACUGAAAAAGUCAGGGGGUUCAGUGUGUUUGACCUCCCGUAAACUCAGUGGAAGCAAGCUAACAUGUAGGCCAUCAGGUCCAGCAUGGGGUCUGCCGGUUCACUUGUAUAUGUGUCAGGGGCUCUGUUUGCCAACGGGAAGUGAGUGCAGUGAUUGGUAAUUCAGGAAGCUGGACUGGGCUAUAAAAAUGAUGAAAAGAAAGACAGUCUCCCUGAUCUGUGGCGGCAGAGAGCACCAUGUGAGACUGCUCCUUUUCACCCUCCAGGUCUUUGCUCCUGUACGUUUCCAGCACAUCAAACAUGGCUUUGUUUAUUGGAUACAGGAGCUCUGCAUCAGCCUGUAUUGUGUUUUGUGUUUUUUUUUUCUCACCAGGUACUCUUGUGAAGGAAAUAGUACUUAAUAGGAGCUUACCUUGUUGUAAUCACACACACAUGCCCCCUCACUAGGCCUUACUCUCCCUGCAGCCCUCAAGGCUGCUUAUCUGUGGGAUAAUAACUAAGCAGAGAAGCUUUUAUGUGGGUGACUCUGAGGCGGCAUUGCUAGUUACUUUUUAUUUGUCAGCAGCUGCUUCUUGUCUGUUUUUUUUUUUUCAUCAAGCAAAGACUGUGGAGCCUUGUAAAGCUCCAGAACAUGCUUGGCCUCCAAAUCAUGAAUGUGAUUAUCUCUACACUGUAUUAUCCUAAUUGAAAAUUGACUGGUUAAAGCCCACAGUGGUUUAGAUGCGCAUACCUCAAGGUAUAAGAUGAUGCAUUAUGCCAGUGAUGGGGAUCCUCUAGAGCGAGGGGAUGUAAAGAGAGAGGAAGAUAGAAAGGGAUGUUAGCAGGAUUCUGCUUUAAGAGAACUUGGACACAGUGAGCUUUUCUGCUACAUAACCUAAGGCUGACAGGUUUUUUUUAAUCUCUCUGUGUGUAAUAAAAAAAAACUAUGAGAGAUGGACUUUUAAAGAUAAAUUUUGUUUGUAAUCAUCAUUUUUAGCUACUGUUUGUGCAGUUAAUAUAAUUUCCAGGCAAAGUACAAUACUAAUUUUAUUGUUAGCUUGCAAAAAUUUACUUAGCAUGUUGUUGCCUACAGGUUAGUCAAUUAUAUUAGCUUUUUUUCUGGUAAUAAUAUAAUUUCACCUGUUUAUAUUGCAUUAUUUGUCACAACAGAGACAUAAUCAUCUAGAAACGAGAGCUAAUGUGUGAAUGUUGCAGCUAGCGUGAACACAGAACAACAUCAACAUUGAUUUGAGGAUUUGUUUCCAUCUACCAGUAUGUUAAAUCUUAACGUUUGCUUUAGUGAACAACAUUUUUAACCCCGUUUUUGUCUCCACACAACCCCUGAGGAAAAUGUCAGGCUUUUUGUCUGCUGAAGAGUCAACCAUUAGUUUUCUACAGCUCUGCAUGUUAGCUGUCAGCUUAGUUUGUUUUCCACUAACACUUUGCAUUUACGUCAACAUGUGACAUAAUUAAGAAAUGUUUGACUUCUUUUAAACUGUAUUUUUCUAUUUAUUGACAUUAAAGUUUAUUUAAAUCGAAGCUACAAAUGCUUGUUUCAUUUGCUAACAUAGCUAAAACACAAAAACUCUGAUAUUACUGUAUUGUUUGGCAAGCCUCUAUAUUGCUUUUUCUCACAAAAAGAGAGGGAAAGAAACAUCAAGUUAGUGGUAUCAGCAACCUGAAUGUUGAAUCCUGAGCUCCAGCUCUAAGGACUACAGUACCAUGUGCUGCAUCCUAAUCAACAUUGGGCUGCUGAAGAAGACCAGGGCCCCUUUCUACAAAAAGGCAAAGAUUUACUUUGACUUUAGAGCCCAUUAGCAUGUUGUAGCUAUAAAAUCUGCCUGAUUUCUCCAAGGGCCAAGCCGUAAGUCUGGAUAUCACUGAGACAGUACAGAUCUAAAGACUGAGGAAAAAAGAAGAGGCUAAGAAAAAGAUAUACCGUGAGAUGAAUACAGAAGCAACUCAAUAGUUUUGGCAGGGUUAAGGAUAAAAGAGAAAAACAUGAGAGAAAGUUGAACUUAACCUCAUAAUGACUGCUUUUCUACAACUUUCUUCAUUAUUUAAACAUGUUUGGGUUUUAAUUUGUGACUCAUUCAAAGCUAAUGCAGAGCUAUCUCUGAUUUUUAAGUAUUUGCUGUGACUCUGCCCAUGUUUUUGUCAUCUUUGCAGAGCCUUAGCCCUCUUUAUCUUUUUCACUGUGAUAUAGGAGCUACUUAACUCUUGUUGCCAUUAUGAAGCCCUUACGAUAUUGAACUGGGAUUAAUGUGUCCCUCAAGUAUGUUUUGAAAGGAAAGCUGAGUUUCAUCUGCCAUAAAAAAAAGAGGAAAUGUGCAAAGAAUCUGUAGGCAUUGGCUGUACUUCAUUAGUAAUUCAAGUUGUCUCAGUGCAGAUAAUAUUUUCAUCCAAAUGCUUAUCAUCUCUCCUCCGGUCAAAGACAUGUUAAAAGGAGCAACAAGCUUUUGUAGCAUUAAAACCAGUGGAUUGUGCAGACUCUGCGUAAAACACUUGAAGACCGCAAACUCCUCCUAAACUAAAGUUUUUUUUCCCCCACAGUGUUAAAAACACUUUUCCUUCAUAAGAUCUGCAGCCAUGACCUCCUUUCUGACCUCAAAACAAGAUUUUAUUUCUGGGCCACUUUUGACAAUUUAGCAACUCCACAGCAGAAAAUGGGCUUUUAUUGAUUCUCAAACUGCAACUUUAUAGUCUGUUUUGUCUUCACGCUGUCAGUUUAGGAAUAAGUGUGUGCAGACUUUGGUUUAAAUCCUUCCAUCUUGUCACUUUCUAACAAGAUCACCAAAACUUGCAGGGCUCUGUGCAAAAGAGCAGAAUCCAGGGGCUUGCAAAAAAGUUGACCUCAGUGUUUUGGCUUAGGAUCAAAAUUGACACUUGUUCAUAGGAAGUGUGUCAUGCCAUGAGAAUAUAAACUGGCAAUGUUGCAUGGGAAUAUUAAUAUACAAUAUAUAUGAAAAACUUUAUAUGUUUGGCAUCCUUUUGCUCUUCACCAAGCCUCAGUUAGCAACCUUGUGAGGGGGAAGUAAACAUAGAAGAAUUGGGACAAGGGCGUCUUUCUAGGGAUUGACAGAUAUUGGAUUUAGGUAGUGGUAUAAAGUACUGAUAACUGAUAUUUAGAACUGAUACACUUUGACGAUAACAAUCAAAAAACUGAAACCUGAAAACCUUUAGCCAAUAUUUUAUUUAAAAUGAAAUAUUUAACAUCAUAUAUAUAAAAGCUAAUAGCGAACCAGUUACACUUAGAGUACAGCUGCACCCAGCAUAGAAAGUACUGAGGGCUGAGACAGGUAAGACAAACUAGUGCAAGAAAAUGGACCCACAAGGUGAGGAGAAACCUGCAGUGGAGCCUAAAUAUCACACUUGUUAUUUAGUUCAUUCAAUUGGUUAUUAGAAAAAUAAAAGGCUGAUGCAGAUAAUUGUCCAAAUGCCAAAUAUAAACCUUAUAAUCAGCCAAGAUCAAUGCCAGACACUAUCCUGCUUAAUACGUAAGACGUAAAAAAGCAAACACAAGUUUUUGAUUCAAAGAGGAUUUAUUGAUCUCAUUAGCUAGGCUGCCAUUGCCUGGAUUGCAGGACAGGAUCAUUCCCCACUAGGCUCAGUUCUCACAUGUUAUUUUCUGACUUUUGAAGACCAGCCUGAGUGAAUAAAUAAAUAAAUAAAUAGCUUAACAAAUAAAGAAAUAAAUAGUGAUUGAAAAACCCUUUGCACGGGCUUAUUCAAUGUGAUGUUGUCCCGAGUAUCUCUAUUGCUAUUUCAAAAUGUUAAAUUGUAUUUGGUGGUUUUGCCUGUGAAGAUUAAACAUUUGACUCAGCCAGUUAACCAGUACUUUGGAAAGUUCUAUGCAAGACACCUCUUACCUCUAAAUGCAUACUCUUUCACUUUCUACUUCUUAUUGUGUCAUUUCGUCCACUUCUUUCAGAGGUAUAUGCUGCAAUCCCCCGGACUCUUUUCCGAAUACAUCAAAUUGACACCCCUCCUUUUUAUUCAGUUUCUAGGGCAAUAACACCAAACACAGCUUGGAUUAAUUCAGCCAAGUCCACUCGGUCCCUGCCCCACAGCUGAACCCAGCAUGCUGUAGAGGAGACUGACCUGUCCUGCCAAUAUCCAUCAAACACCAAUCAAAAUCAGACGUAGAUCCUAUUUAUCAGGCCUUGACACCAGCCAGUUAUCUGCCACUUUCUCCACAACAGGGCCAGGUUAGAGGAAAUUUAUCAUACAGGGUUACUUCUUUUCACCCAAAGGUCAAUUCCCUGUUGAGUUUUUCCUCUGAAGGUUUACAGUGAAAGAGUCAUAAGAUAAGAAUGAUAAGGAAAGAAACAUGCUCGGCUUCUGUCAAAUGUGUGUGUGUGUGUGUUCAGACAGAAGGGACUUGAACCUGUGGCAGUUCAUAAAUCGCACUCUUGUCCAGAAGAUUUUACAGUCAGAUUUGAUCACUUGUUCCAGUUCUCCUUCUUUCCACCACUUCUUCUUUUAGGUGGAGUUGUGGCUCUGUUAUUGUCAGUCACAUGAUUUCUGAAAGCUUUGAAGCCUUUAAUCAUUCACUGGGUCAAAAACAUUUGCAGGUAUUUUUCAAGUAAGAAUUUGAAAGAUCAGUUGUUUCAAGAACUUAAUCGCAUCUAAGUACUUCAAACCAGCAGAAGUAGUCUGCUAAUCUGGGUUUCUCACUCAAACCUUUAGUUUCUUUGGCUUUUAGGUUGGUAUAAUGUACAAAUGUUCGUCAUGAAUUUUGUUUAUGCUCAAUAUUUAUGUUAUCUGAACAACAGUGUAGUUUGUUGAUUACUGACAGGACACAAAACACAAGUGUUAGUCUCCUUAGUUCCCACAAAAAUUACCCAAUCACCCUUUAGCUCACUCCUUAAAUAAACAGGGUUGUGUUUGGCCUGACCUGCACUAAGUUUGCUUGAAAUUUGUACUAGUGGGAACUGGCCAGAAUUUGCAGAUGCUCUUGGUUUCAGUGCCAACUAGAAUAUGUGCCCUUCCCAGUUUUGUUCAUAUUAGAAGUCUGAGAGUUUAUUUUGCACAGUUUUAAGACAAACUUGUUUUUUUUUUCUUCACAUAACAGCACAUGGGUCAAACUGAGCCAAGUAUUGUUUUGGUUAUCUCAAACAUAUCCAUUUAUACCUGGUAAUUUUGUUUUUGCACCAUUGAAAAUGGAUAAAACAGUGUUAGGCUUUUGAGCGUGUAUGAUAGCAGACUGAUAACUUGGCUGCUUUAAAGGGGACUCCGAGGCAGCUGCUCAAUUAGGCUGCCAAACAGAUGAAAUCACAUUCAAUUACACUGCCAGUUAACCUCCAUGGUGAUAGCUGUGUUGUAAACAAGUUUUAUGAGUGAACAAAAUGCUUGCUUAGGAAAGAGAAAGAUGGUUUCGUAGUUAGUUAAGCAUGUUUAGUUUGAUUUAACGCCUCAUUUUUAUCGGCCCAUGUUUACCAAAAGAAGUGCCAAGUCAGCAGUUUUUAAAUGUAUUCCAUUAAAUCAAGCAAUAGUUGUUUUUGGUUCAGAGUGUUGAAUCAGUUUAAGCAAGCAUGUUGUACCAAUGCUAGCAUGUUAGCACUACAUUCACCUACCUAGGCUGUAAGAAAAUCAUAUACUCGAAGCAAGAAUGGAAAAGCAGGAAUAUAGCAGAGCAUGAAACUAUAUACAGGGGUGCAGGAGUUAUUUUAAGAGUUGGACAGUUAAAGAUGGAUGGUGUUUGAAUGUAUUUGUUGUCUGCUUGGUUUCCAAAACUGUAGGAGACCUGUAGAUAUUCAGUUAAAAAAAAGAAGUAAAAUGAAAUUAAAACAGCAAAAAGUUGAUUGUGUAUUUGCUAUCUAGGAGAAUUUGAAAGCUUCCUGAGCACAAGGGAAGAGGAUCAAGGUCAAGCCAAACACCCAUUAUCUUUCAGUGAAUAUUUGUUGCCCUUAUGAGAGACUUUAAUUGGAGUGAUAGCUAAUUGUCUGGCAGAUUCUCUUCUUCAAGCAUGUUACAAUACUGGUUCAACCACUUAGAAGAAGUAUUUCAGCAUCUUCAUUUAACUAGGAAGCAUCUAUAAUUGAAAUGAGAGGCCAUGCCUGUCUGGUUAAUACUGUAAAGUGAAACAUGCUAAAUUUGCUCUGUCUAGCAAAUGCAGCCAGCAUCUUCUCAUCGGAUUAAACAGGAAGAUUGGUGGUUUUGAGAUUUCCCUGCUUCUUUUCAUAGAGGACUUAGUCAAGAGUUUCUUUAGUGUUGUCUUAUUUUUUCAAUUUCAGCCCUAAGAUGACCCUUACCAAGAUGUCAGCGUUUUCCCCUGUAAUGGUCUUAAUAUGAUUUAUUCCUCUAUGAGAUCCAGUGGUUUUAAAUCAGAUUAUUUUGUGAUUUUUAAGAUAUAUAAACCAAAACCUGUCCUUCAUUUGGACCUCCUUUAUCAUACUCUGAACAAAGCAGACAUGAGGCUAGCAGCUGCACUUGAAGGCUACUAAAACUUGAAAUGACACUGUCAUUUGUUGUCCAGAUGCAUGGAUGAGCUUUAUGGACAUGUGUUCACAGACAUUUGUGGAUUCUGUUGGUUAUUUUUAGAUUGCUGAUGAAAAUCAAUUCAAGAGAGAACUGAAAGAACAAGGAUUUUUUUUCUGUCAAACAGGCAGGGUCAGAUGAGGUAAACAGAUGGAGAUGAGUACUUGUAUAAGAGCUCAGAUUUUGGGAACUAAUAUUAAACAGGCUUUAUUCUCAAGUGGCAUAUUUGUCCAUUUGUCUCUAGUUAUUGUUGUCAUUAGAAUUAUUAUUGUUGUUGUUAUUAUUAUUGACGUGGUAGCCUAGCAAUGCAUUCUGCACAGCAUUUUCUUUUUACUGAAAGUUUUUUCUGAAAGUUUAAAAAGUUGCAUCAAUCUUUGAGAGUGACACCAUCAAUAAUGAAGCAGUGGCUGUCAGGAUGCGAAUGCAAAGAUAAAUUACCAUGGUAUAAAGCUAGCCUCAGAGCAUGGUCAGCCACCAUCACAUCUGCACAUCACCUCACCUAACCCCAAAUUAAGUGCAGACUGAAACAUCUCAGAGCUGCCAACUACAACACUGAAAGUAACAGACAACCCCCUCUACAGGGCCUAUUAGGGGCGUCUUGGAAUAACGACUGUUGUGAAUUGGUGCUAUGUAAAUAUAAUUUGAUUGAUUGACUGAUUGAUAUUAGUAUUUAGUUGGGGACGUGAGGCCGUUUUCCAAAGAGAAGAAACCAACAUCCAAGCUUGACAAAAUUUGACAAGCAAACCAAGUUGGUGGGAAAAGCCCUCUUAAUGUACCUGUGCUAAUUUGCUAUAUAACUAAAAAGGGGUGGUGCAAUAUUUCCAUACAUAGGAUGGGACUUAGCCACCUAGGAUCCCCAUAGGGAGAGAGUUCACCCACAUACUCAUUAUCACCAUUCAUUAUGUCAGUCUGGGACACCUAUUGAGUAGCUUUGCAAAAUUAGAGGCUCAGAAAUCUUACUUAUCUAAGAACACCAUGAAAACUGGCAGGUGUGAAAUGUUCAUUGAAGCAAUAGUCAGCUUCCAUCUGAGAUCCUCUAUUUUGACUACUUCUCCAGUGAUAUGAAGUUAGACACAGCUUGUGGGCUUUACUUUUCUCACAGCUUUGUUCUCAUGAAACAACCCAAAAGAUGAGGGAACAUCUGAAGCUAGCUGUCAGUGCAUAUUUAGUCCCCCCCAUACAGUCACACAUCAGCUGGUGUUAUAACUUUCCUACAGAUAGUAAGUCUGAGACUUUUGGAAAGUCUCUCGUAGCAGUAGCAAAGUCAGCAGCAAUUGAGAUGCAAGUAAAGUCCAUCUUGUAAUUGCUUUUGUUUACAAACGGGUCAGCAGUGAAGUAGUGAGCAUAAACAGCUACAAUGUCUUGUCCCAAAAAACAUUGAAACUUCUCACUGUUUUCUUGUCUCUUCGUCUUUGGGAAGAGAAAAUAGUUGUGACUACCCCUCUCAACCCAAAGAACGCUUAAGAGCAACUUUCUGAGACAUACAGUACUGAAUCAACAAAGUGUGGAGUAGAGGAAAUAAGAGGAGCGGUGGAACAGACUUUUCCGGCUUCUGGGUGGGCAUGUCUUUGAAAGAACUUUUCAGGUGGGCUUUUCCUUUAGCAUUGAAUGAACACAUCUGAGCAGCCUGAUGACAGCUAUGUCUUGAAACGAGCGGUUAAAAUGAGCCAUGACCACAUCAGUAGAUUAUGACACUAUCUUUGUAUCUCAUGUAUUGAGCUGUGGUUUCACUCGGACAUCCAACAAUGUAACAUCACAUGGUUGUAUCUAAGUACCAAUCAGCAUAAUGGGUCUUUUUAAAAGCAUUUUGAGUACAGAAAGUUGGAGUGUGUGCUACUAAGUGAUGACUGUGGUCACCAGAAUUACUAGUUCAGUGAACAAAUUAUUAAUAUUUUUAUUAAUGUAGGCCUAAAUGAGUACAAGCCUUUGAACUGCCAUACACCACUAGUCAGAGCUAUAGCAUAUUUUUAUGACUACCAUAAUGUGACAAUACUCUACUACCUAGAUGAAAACAAGGACAGAUAACAGAUUAUAUCUUGAAGUGAAGCAUAUUUUAAGGAAAAAUGGAAUUAAGCUGCAAAUAGUGUGUUGAACUUGCAUAUUAUCAUUGGACUGAAGUAAUGCACUACCAGCAUACGUGUGUGGACUUCAAACUGCACGGACCAAAGACUACUUGGGCUAGCUCUGCUAACAUUAGCCCAACUUGGCAAACCAAUUUCAUGUUUUUGAAUAAACUAUGAUCAAUUUUAGCUCUUUUCUGUGUGCUUACCUUUCGGCUGGUCACAUGGGGUGGGUUUGAAUUUCAAUUAAAGGGCUAGUCACUUUGAAACAUCCCUAAUGAAAAUACAGAAGUUAUCUUAUUGUUACUCUGCCAAACAAUCAGACAGGUUUUGAGUGUUUGCAAUGCACCUUACUGAUCUGUCUACUCCUCAAAGUAAUAGAGGAAACGCAGUGUGAGUGGAAAUCUCAAGUGAGGGCGAAUCAAAUACAAAAAACAAAGAAAGCAGGAAGUAUAACCUCAGGCACGAGGAAGAAAAAUUCCCCUCAUGAAUGAUGUAGGUGUUAGAAAACCUCAAAUGUUAUCAUUCACACAAUCUUAAUGUGGUCAAAUGCCCUCUUUAUUUUAUUCUGUAUUCUCCUCUGUAGAAAAAUAUACUUCUUUUGUCAAAAACAAAGUCUUCCAGUCGCUCUGAUUCCUCAUGGACAGUCUACAGAAAUGAGCUGUUUAUGUUGUAGAGGCUGCGGUCACUCACUAGAUGUGCAGUGGGCUUCUGGCCAGCCUGUAGCCCACAGAGACAGACCUCCCUGUCCUGUCAGCUGACUCUGUUUCCCAGGGUCCCCCAAUCCAAAAGGCCAUCAGAGUCAAUCUCUGCAAACACACAAGGAGGAGAAGCUGGAAAAAUGUUUGGAUUCAUACAGAGCGGCCAAACAUAAGCAGCUAAACAACUACUGGAAAUGUAAUGAAAGGGAAGGUGUGUGGUUCGAUCAUUAUUACAUUUUCAUCUAACAAAGAGUCACUGACAGCUUUUCAGGAUCGUUCUUAAGCUGAUUUUAAUCACUGGACAUGUCCUCUCUGUGUGAGUGUGUAUGUGUGUGUCUAUAUAUGUCCAAACUACUGAUGUUUUCCAUGCUGAAGGUCCUCCUACACAGGGCCUCUCAGCAGAAGUUGACUCAGCUUGAGCAGGAGUCAUUAAAAACAACCCAGUUUGCUGUAUCUUUGAGAAAGCCUCUCGUCAUCUCUGAAAGGCAAGGCUUACUGGGGUGUCUGACACCUUAUUUUGCAAAAAUCCCUUCUUUGAUGUGUGGGAGUGUAGGAAGGAGGGGAGAGGGCAUGGAGACACUCUCCCACAAGGCCCUGUUAGUGAUCAGUAUGAGCCGGAAGGAGCCGCUCAAACUAACUAGCUGACAGUUUUAAAAGAGUUUAAAAAGAGCGGAGCUGUUACUAUCUUUCAGAAAAGUUGUGCCUUUUCCGGAUUUUACAUGUAGAGUUCAAAUAUGAAGUGGAACUAAAUGAUUUUCUCAUUUGAAUGCCAGUUUUUGUUACUGAUCUUCAGAAGAAAAACGAGUCACUUUUAACUUAGAACCGUCUUCUCCCAUUGCGAGUGAAACACUUGACCCAAGAGAAAAAAGUUGUUGUGAAAUAACAGCAUGACAUUUUGAGAAAUUUGCACUUUGUUGCCAAGUUUUAGGAGAGAGGAUGGAUACAAUUUCUGAUAUUUUCUUAAAAAAUUCCCCUCUAAAAACACAGAAUGUUGACUCAUAGUUUUAACAAUGAUAUUGCAAACCUGUCAGUCUGUGGAGCUCUUCACAUGAUUACACAAAGUACACAGGGAACUCAAAUGCCUACAAGGGGAGAGUGGGGUAAGUUGAGCUGAGCAACCCCCUGUUGCUUGACAAUGGUAAAAGAAAUUGAUCAUGUGAUCAAAUAUUUAGGAGAUGGGCAUCAAUUCAUGGAGUCUGUGAAAGUUAGAAGCACAUGAAUGAAAGGGUUAGACAUUUUUUUCCCAAAAAACAUUUUUCAAUUUUGAAAGUGAAUUUAGUUUGUUUUUAUUAGAAGUUUUAUUAGAAUUGUGUUCAGACCAAGAAAGAUCAUUUUAAAUUUGUUUUAUACAUCAAUAGCGGUAUCGAUGAGCUACAACAUGAGGUCAAAAACCUAGUAUAAAAGUCCACCAUUUUAGCUUAGAUGACGCAUAAAGUCAUCAUAGUAGUUCUGGGGUAAGUUGAGCCAUUUUGCCAGGCGUAAAUUAAGCCAGUGGCUCAACUGAGAAAGUAAAGGAGUCUGAUGAGAGGAUCAGAGUUUCAGUUCAGAUUGUUGAAAUGUUUUACUUUUUCUUUUCAAAAAUACAGCUGUGAAUGUUCUGAAUCACUUAAAGGCAUUCUCAUGUUAAAAUGGCUUUUUACAAAACAGCUUUUUAGCAGUUAUACACAACAAUAAUAAAAAAAACAUAUAUAUUAUACCUGCUGAAUAGAGUAUAAUAGAUAAAAAUACACAUGAAUGUGAAGAAGUGACUGUUAUUUAGGGAGAGAGAAGGUGAGGGAGGGCUGGGUGGAGAGUGGGGGGUUGGUAGGGAUAUGGCUCAACUUACCCCACGUAAAUUGGGCCCCUUACCCUGUGUAUGGGGUAAGUUGACCAUAGGAGACCACAUUUUUUAGCAUACUAUAUUAUCAAGACAGUUAUGUUUACACUCAUUCUGUUGGUUUGCAGGGAUGCACAACAUCUUGAAAUACAUGCAGAUACAAAAACAUAAGAAAUGGCACAUCUUACCCCACUCUUCCCUACUAGUGUCUUUUUCAUUUCCAAAACCAAAAUUAAGGACAGUUAGUGUAAGAAAGGCCUGGAAACAGCAUUAAAGGUUGCAAAAGAAUGAGUUGCAAACAUGACCAUGUCAGGCUCACAUGAGUCUAGAUUUACUGAUUUCAAGAUUUAAGAUAUUUUAGCCCCAGUACUAUGACAUUUUUUAUGCCACGUACAGUAUAUGUAUUGUGUAUUAAAUUUCAUGUAUCUAAAUCAUUAUUCUUAGAUUAGAAAGAGCGAGCAUUUUGGAUUUCAUAGAUUCCUCUGUUUAGUAACAGUAUGACCCCCCCUUUGAUAGUGGCCCCACCUUUUUCCUUUAAUAAAGUCCCCCUUCUUCAUCCCCCUCCUGUCUGUCUGGUCUUUUGGUGAAGUGCUCCCACACUGAGGCCCACUGUAGCAAGAGGUCUAUUCACGAGGCCAAGAGACAGUGAAGAGGCACACAAAGAGCUCCCCACACGAGAGGAGAGGCCUGUGAGCUCAGCGCUGACCCCUGAAGGAUGUGUGUGGGCUGCACUCAGACACAGUGGCCCCGCCAACGCAAACCGAAGCUCCUCCCUCUUCUGAACUUGACCUUUCUUUAAACCCGUGCAACUCCCAAAACAACCUCAGACAGACUUGAAACUGUCGAUAGAAACUAAAUGACUGAGUGACAUACUGUCGGAUUGUUUAUAGCUGUGCAAGCGAAAAACCUCUGCAGUGUCUCUCCCAUGUAAAUUGUUGGCAUACAGCACAAAAGCUAAGCAGUGGGAAAAAUCCAACAAACCAGCAGCUGAAUCUAGUUAUAAAAGACAAUUUCGUCCCUUGUUCUCAGCAAUAAAUUAAAGCAUAAUAUUCUAAAUAUGUCUGUUUUGAAGCUUCACAGACUUUAAAUUACACAUGGCUCUUUUUUUCUUUCCUUUGAUGGGAGUGUGACAGUUUUGGUCUACAGCCAUUGUUGCAAUAAUUUAAAAUAUUUCCAUGCAGAAAAAUGUCUAAUAGUAUUAAACAGAAAGGAUAUUUUAUUACACUUCUCCUCUGAGACUCUUUUUUUUCUGUCUGUGCUUUUAGUGCUGGACCAGCUCCUGAUGGAGCUCCACCACUUCCUGCUCAUCCUGGACAAGGAGACGCUGAGUGGGAACGCGACUGUCCAGAAGGGCCUGCUCUCCGAUCUCCUCCAGUCCUACAGAACUGCCAGUGGUAUGAAAAAAAAAAUUAGAUCAGUAGAUAUUGUGGAUAUACCAUUUUCAUCUCUCAGUCAAUUUUAGCAUUUAAUUCAGGAGAUGACAUGAGAAGUAACAUCUGUUGAAUUUAUUGUUUCUUAACUUUAUUAGCAAACACUUAAAUCAGAAUUCUUGAUAAGGAAAAACAGGUGAGCGCUUUGUACUUGACUGAAAAACAGGGUUUUCUGGGUAUUUAUGUUAAAUUUCACAACUGUUUUGAUAAAUGCAAAUCAUAACAAUGACAAAAUCAAGUAUUCGUAAUAUAAUGUUAUGAGCAGUCAUAGACUGUUAAAAUGUACCUCAGAGUUAAAGUUGCAAAUUUUAGUCGGUAUUUCCCCACAAAAUACCUUGACCCCUCAACAUUUCUUAAUAUUCUGGUUUUUAUGAAGACAUGACAGUAUAAACUCUUGAGGUUGAACCACUAGCAGUUAGUCUGCCUUUAUGCAGGGCACUGUAUGUAACAUGUGGUCAUUCCCUGUGUUUCCCACAAUUCAUUGAGUACAUUACAAUGACCUUUGGGCUUUUAAGGAGCUAUCAUGUAAACUACUCUGGUAUUAUUCUGCUAUUUUAAACCCUCACUGACCACCAGGAUAAUAGUUAUUCUCUUACAGGCUGUUAUUAACUAAUGCAUUUGGGGGCCCUUAGGCUCAUUUUAGAGACUUAGAGAUCUACGCUUAGUAUUUUUGACAGCAUUUUCUCACACUUUUAUGGCAUUUUAGACUUAUUGUUUGAGGUUAUUAGCUUAUACUUACAGCAAUCCUAUAUUUUGCUUAAUCAAAAGUAAUACACCGCCUGCUGAGGUAUCUUGUCAAACAUCUAAUGACAAGUUUGUUUUUCUUGCACAAUGGCUCUGAGACAUGCAAACACUGCAACUGCUGCUGGGCUGCAGGGAUUUAUGAUGCCUAGAGGUUUGUGAAAAACAAUGUGAAGCAGUACCACAUGGAGCUUCAUCCAUGCCUCGGCCACUUGAAAACUGGGAAAAAUUCUUAAUGCUUUUUUGGAAAUCUCUUGUAUUGCAGGAAAAAGUUGUUAACUCUAGAGGGUAAAAAUACUCAGAACCCACAGUGGCCAAAGUUCACCGCUUUAUUCUGAUCUUUAUUACAAAAUUAUAACCCUCUCUGGUGGCUUCGGUGUCACUUUUUGAUCCAAACUGGCAAUAUUGGUUUUGCUAUUCUCGCCCUGUCUUCCUCUGUCCCUCGCACACUGACACACCAACACACACACUGGCAGUCAUGCUUUUCCAUGUUCAGGUCCUGGACUUGUCUCUCUGUACUUCCUCUCCUGGCUCCAAGCUGUAUCAUUUUUCCAAAGCUGCAUUUAUCCUCUGGGGAAGUUCACUUCCUUUGAGCAGCGGAUUAUAAAUAGCAUUUCAACUCUGUUCCCCGGAAAAUCUGUUUCCACUGUGGAGGCAAAACAUCGUUUUCAUACUGCUGUUGUUUAGUUUCACCUCAUGCUAUCUGUUUCAGAGGAAACCUUCUCUUGAGAAUCACCCAAGGUUACAGUUCUGUUUGAUUUCCACUCAGGGCGUGAUUGGUGUCAGCAAAAAUUUUAUAAUUCAGUGAAAAGAUCCACUUCUCCAGAACAAAUUCCCAUCUCAGGUUGAAGUAACCAGCUGUAGCCUAAAACCACAAAGUUUAUUGUUGCAUAAAAAGAUAUUCAUUCAGACUGUUUAUGUGGCAAUGUAAUGUUUUCACCAGCUUGUAAUUACUCCAUCAUGCUGAGGCGUGCUGUAAACCAAAAGCAGGAUUUUUCUCACUAAGCUUACAUCAGGAUUGGUGUAUGACACAAGGUUUCAUCAUCUUGCUUAUAGUCUAGAAGAAGCUAGUGCUAACAUUUAUUCAUGAGUUACGAUAAGUGAGUGCAAGAAGAGGUCGAAUUUAGUUGGUACCUGACCAUGAAAGUCCAGUUUCACACUAUUUCAUUUCCAUAUCACAGAACGUAUUUCUAUAAAAACAAUACUAUCUUGUUUCCGCUGUCUAUAAAACUACAGACACACUAGAUAAAAAAAAAAUGUUGUUUUUCAGCCCCUUUGUGUAGGUCGUUUUACAAUCUUGAAAACUUGAAAGAUAAAAGUGACACAGUGCUUUUAUUGUUGUAACAAGGCAAGGAGCUUUCUGACUAAUGUCAGACAAAUGCAAGCCAUGGUGAGGGUGGGUGUCAGUAAUGAGCCUAUCUUUCUGCACAAUAGGCCUCUUGUUUGGGUCGAGUCCCCCUUUACUCCUGGACUUUUGACAAAAGAUGAUGAAAGUGUGUUUGGCACUAAGGUGGAGUUAGAUUUCCCAUCAGGGCUACGAGUAACUUUGUUUCAGAGAAAAAACAAGCCUCCUCUAGCUCUGACUCUAUGCUGCUGCUGUAUGUAAGUUACUUUGUGAAUAGACUCUUAUUUGUUGUCUUGUGGUAUUUCAGUGACUUCCUGUAGUGUCCUCAGUUUAACUCAGAAAUACUUGGCCAGGUUUCCAUCCACAAAGUUAUAGCUGUAAAAGGUUGAUGGUGCUAAUGUUGGCUGUUAACCACAUUUUGUCAACUCUGUGCAGGUGCUGAUGAGGAGUACAUCUACAUGAACAAAGUCAUUGUUGGUGCAAAGGAAAAAGACGACAAAGGUGUGAGUUUUAAAUGGUUCCUACAUGAAGUGUGAUACUGAUACUUACUGAUGCCUUCUUGCCCCCUCAAAAAACUGCUAAAUUCUUCAACUAAUAGAUUUUAUUCCACCUUGAAAUUUGGUUUAUUGAUUUAAUAUAUCAUUUUGAGCCACUGACGGUAUAACUGUCAGAGUUUGAUAAAGCCUUUUACUGUUUUGAGUGUCCGCAUUGACUUGAAUUGAAUUGACUUGACUUCUGUAUGCUGAUGUUUGCAUAUAGCUUAGAGAAUUGCUAUGUUUAACCAGCCUUAAAGUAGCCUCUGGCUUUAUUACACACACACAUUGUGUUUUACUGGAGCAUCUCAAUAAACGUAGGAAUCAUUUACUAGUCUAUGUUUAGGGCUUUAAGUAAGACUUUAACUACUGUCAUCGCCAAAAUCAUAUAAAGCCUCACACAGUAACAGAGCUCUUUUUCGAGUAUGUAUUUUCAUGUUUAGGUGAAGUUUGGGACUUUAUGUUUGUUCAAUAAUAAUGUUUUUAUCAUUUAAAAUAACUUAAAUAUUAUUAUACAUAAAAAAACUGAUUUUUUUUUGACACAGAAGUUUGAUAAAAAAAAAAAAAUCUGUAUUUGUAUGAGAUAAGUACUUUUCAGUUUUGUUCUCCUUGUGUCCUUGCUACAAGUGCGCAUGUAGAUACCGCAGAGCUUUCUCAAACUGAAAAGUCCUUUGUGAAAAAAAAGUGAACUACGGCUACAUUGAAAAAGGAAAAAGUUUGUAUUGAUGGUUUAUUGUUGUCAGAACAGCAGUGCUUUCUCAAUCUGACAUGAUUCAAGUGAAUAACAGACAUAAGAAUGAGCUCCCACAAGCAGCACCCCCCCCCCCCAACUCCCCUCCUCUCACCCCCAUUUCCUGUCUGUUUCUUCAGAGCUCUCACCAUCUGAGACUGACCUGUUUUAUUUGGACAGUGUUGAAGAAUGUGGUUUCAGUGAGCACUAGACUGAACAGACAUAUUUUCAGCAGCGACGUUAGCAAAGCCGCAUGUUUUCUUCUGCAGAGACUGUUGGAAAGUGGAGGGGGUGAGAUGUGAGAACUGAGAUUACUUUGCCAUUGAUUAUUUGGUAAACACAAUCUUGUUGUGUUUGCCAAAGUGCAGAAGAAGAUACUGUAGAAAAGAAUGUUACUGAAGUAUUACAUAGCAAGAAAUGUUCCCUUUUAAGUAACAAGCGCUUAAAGUUUAACACUUUUUUUUUCACUGUAAAAUACUGUGUAGUUCAGUUAUUGUUUUCUACUGACAGCUUCCCUCACCAUUCAAGUAGAACCAGGUGAAGAUAACCAAACAAUAUUCUUGGCAAAAGAACUGGCAGAAAUGUUCUUGUCAUUUUAAUGUCAAAUUCCAAACUCUACUCUCUUUUGUCUGUUUGUUUGCCAGCACUUUUUGCUGGCUUUCUCUGUAACAUUUUUACAUCUUUCUUCACAAGCUGACAAAUAUUUGCAGACCUUUUCAAAAAUGGUCAAAUGUUGUCUUAGAAUAACUUCCAAUCUGGCAUCAUAUUACACUCACAGUCAAACUGGCUGCAGGGGAAAUAACCUUAUUGAAAGGUUACCAAAUUCGCUAGCCAGCACUUUCUGGUGAUUAUCAUGUUUACCCAUGUGACCUCAAAAAAGUUUAGCUGCUUUCCCUUGUGUCAAUCUGUAAGCAAAAAUUAGCAAACUCUUUCUUAGCUUAGCCUUAAAAUGACAAAAAGGGAAUCAGCCUGCUUUAAACUGUGCAUAAAAGAUGAUUUUGCUUGAAUUUUCCUGGAAAAACAGAUCUUUAAAGUUAGAAAGGUUUGUGAAAUUUAUAGAGAACUGGACAGAAUUGACUGAAAACAUUGUUCAUUCAACUCCUGUGGUGUGUGUUUUUCAAACCAAAGUUCUUGCUAAUGCUUUCCCUUGGUUUGGGUUAUGUGGUCCCUGUAAUGUUACAAUGAAGGGUCUGUGUUUUAGCCAGAACCAGGAAGUACUAAUAAGUAGUAUGCAUGGCAUUUGGUAAUUGUGGUACAGUAGCAUUUCAUAUUACUGUAUUAGUUUUACAUCUAUACUCAUGUCAGAGUCGAGAUGAUUGUUGUAAAAUGACUUUUGAAUUCUAUGAUCUCAUGAUCCAGAUAAAAGAUCGGAUGCCCUGGUCAAUGGGAAAACAGAAAAAUAUGUCCCUGUCCCAAAGAAGAGCCUUCCUGAUCUGCCGCCCCCCAGAACAGUAAGUGAUCACCAGCUUCUUUACAUCAGUGUGGUGUAACAUGUGAAAUGGUUUGGGCUGUUACACUGCUUUUUUGAGGCAUUUCUGUUCUUGUGGUCAUGAUGAUAGCAUAAUUGACCCCCAGACCUGCUGAGCUCAACAGAGUACAUGAGAGAGUUCAAAAAGUUUUAUGUGGAUUAUGGAUUGAGAAGUGUUACCACAGAAUCGUACCGGUUUUGAAUCUGUGGUUUUGCAAGCCAAAAAAACAUUUCCCACAACUCUCACAGCAACAAGCCCUGAGGCUGUGUGAAAUCAAUUCUCCCAUAGAAACAGGUAUUUAAUCACUCAAGGGGCAUAAAACCUCGGGAAGUUAGAAUCCAAGAGUGUGUGAAAGAGCUGCGAUGUGUUUUAUGUCGGUUGCAAAGCCGGUGGCUCCUGAAUUGGCCCAGUGUGACUACAGGAAAAACUCAGGGAAUGAGGGGUUUUGAACAUCCCGUCAGCUCCUUUGAACUUUGCAAACACACACACACACACACACACACACACACACACACACACACACACACACACACACACACACACACACACACACACACACACACACAUAGCGGCCUCCACUAACAUAAACUACAGUAGCAGCUGUUGCUAAUCAGGAUAAUGUUUAGUGUCAGCACAUGUGUGUGUACAGUACAAGUGCAUGCAUGUGAAAGUGAAUGGACUGAAAUGAAAAACACUUGUGUCACCCUGAAACGCCAAAAUCAUCCAGUCUCAUUUAAUUUCUAUAUUUGUAACUUUAAAAACACGGCACUGGUAUUCACUGGUGCGGUAGUUUCACAGUUGCAGUAAAGCUUCCACAAAGCCCUCAGAUGUGUCUGGCAAAGGCAUUACUCUGUCCUUCCCUUCAGCCUCCAGCUGUGGUGUAACUGGUCCAGUCUUGGGAAGCCUGAGUAAACACGUCCAAAGUGAACCACUCUUUGGAAAUCCCUUCAUUUGCCUGCGGGGCUUCCAUCCCUCACCAGUGAUGGUGUACACCAGGGUUAACAUGUGCUUCACUGUGAAUACAGAGUCACCCCUUAUCAUUGCAGUGAAAAGCGCCCCCUUGCUGUUGACAUAAUGUCCUGACAUGGCUGUCCACUGACCUGUCGUGAUGUUGUAGCAGUCCAUUAAACAGCGCAAGAAGUCAUCGCAUGGCCCGUUGCGCAUCACAUACAAAUUGUCCCUGUGCGCUGCCAUGCAGUGGCCAUAGCUCUGAGGUUUGAUCAUGGUGGUUUCAAGUUUCCACUCGUUCCUCACUGGUAUGUAUUCGUAAAUAUCUGUGGUGUCUGGUGGUUUCCAGAAGCAAACAAACAUCCGCCGUCUUGCAACAGCACAAGCUGCAGAUGCUACUGGUCUUGGUGCGUUUUGAAUGAAGGUCCAUUCUCCCUUUUCAACGUUAAAACUUUCUGCUGUGGCAAUUGUACGUUUCUGGAAUUCACCACCAACGGCGUAGAGUCGACCUUCGUGCCCAAGCAGAGUAAAGUCGUAUCUUGGUUGCUGGGGACCUGGAAGAGCCGUCCAAACCCCUGAGUUGGGGUCAUAGCAAAAACUGCCAUCCACUGUGUCCUUACCGUAACCGUAAACUCCUCCGACAAUGUACAGCCGAUUGUCAAGAACGGCCACACCAGCCAUGGAGGUGCUGCAGAGAGUUGGGAGGUUUGUUAGAUGCUUCCACUCUUCCUGUUGUUCAUCAAGGUAACAAACAAUCCUGAAGGAGUCAUGCAGCAGCUCCAUGGAGGGGGAAUGAGUGCCUAUCGCAAUAAAAGACGUAGGAGACAAUGAUUGAGAAUAUCGAAGAAGCUCUUCAGGGAUUGCACACUCUGCUGCUUCCUUCAAAUCCUCAUAAGUGUCACAAAGGAAAAGAGCAGCAUUGUGCAAUAGUGAGAGCACACCAAAGAUGUUAGCCGCACGGUAAAGCAAGAGGCAGUUGUCUGAAUCGAUGAUGUCGCAAAGAUGCUGCUCCAAACAUGCAACCUGCAGGAACGCAGCACACUCUACUGCUUCUACAAGCUCAUCCGGGUCAGUGAGGGUGGGAACCUCUCCCCUGCAGACAGCAAGGGUGAUGAGGAAGCCCCUUGCACGAAUUCCCCCCUUCAGGUGGAGCUCAUCCUGGUGGCUUUCAAUCAUCCCAGAGCGGAAGAGAGCGCUAAAGAAGCUGCUGUUCCUUGCUAGCAAGGCCCGCUCCACGGUGAACCAGCUCUCCUCCACCCUCACUCUCACCCGGCCUGCCGGGUACUCCAGCUCAGGGGUCGAAUUCUCAGCAUGAAUUUCCUGGUUGACUCCCAGGCCUGCAGGCGCUUCCAUGAUCUCUUAAACCCUAGGUCUUUUCUCUUCCUAUAAGUGGCUCUCAAGAGACAGCUCAGCAUGUGACUCAAGUGUCAAUUUGCCAUUUUUCCGGGAGAUCUGGACGGUAAAUAAAGGUUUGUGAGGGUUCCAUUGCGUCCUGUCUGCAUGGUCUGAAAAUAGAGUGGGACUAUAGAUAGCAGCUGUGCCACUUGGAAGCGUCAGGCAGGGAAAGGAAAACUGUUGACAUGCACAGUGAGCGGUUAUGUGGCUGCACGCAACUGGUCAUUAUCAAAACCACCGUAUAAUUGGCUAGUUUAAGUAUUUACUGAAUUAUUCAUGAUUUCAUUAUCAGCCAGCAGUUCCCCUUCAAUCUUAUUUUUGUUUACAUGACGUUUUUUUUUUUUUUUUUACAUGCAUAUUUUACCUUUUUUAUUGGUAGUAUGUUUGUACCUCAUAAACACGAAUGAAAACCAAAAUGCUGAACCCAAAAUAUUCAAGUAGGAAAGGUUAAAGUGUUCCCAAGUGGACAAAAAUGAUGAAAAAAUAAGUAUAGUUUUUGCAAAAUGUGUGUCAUGAGUGGUUUUACUACCUCCCAUCAUACAGAGGAGCAGGUUUCCCCUACUUUGCUAAUUCCUUGGAAUAUUCUUAGAUAGUUUUCACUUUGUUUAAGUGUUAAAAGAUGUUGAAAGUGAUGUCAAGAGGAGUCCUCUGGAGUCUGGCUUUCCUGAGCUGAUUUUCUCUACCUUCUUCUCUGCUCUAAGCUCCCAGCAGGCUCUUAGAUACACUCUUAAGUAUGUGUGUGUCUCUGUGUGUGUGUUUUCACUGUGCUGGAUUCUUGGCAUGGGAACCAGGGAUUUUCCAUGUUCCUCUGACUGUUCGUUUUUUGGCCUUUUUUUCCCACUCUACUCAAAGCCCCUCCACCACACCCGUAUUCCUCCUCCUCUUCUUCAGCCUCCUUCCCCCCCUUCACUUUGUUAUUUAUGCUCUGACUCCUCCAUCCAUUCCUCCUACCCCAUGUUUCUACGGCAAGGACGAGUGUGUGUGGCAUGUGGGAUUUAAGUGACUGCUGUGAUUCGAAAGACUUCUGGGAGAAAAAACUCAUCUACAGACACACCUGACUCUUCCUCUUCCUGUGUCGUUGGUUUCUGUAAACCCCUGCCAUCUCCUCUCAGUCUUUGGCCCAAACAACAGCGGACAGAUUUUUGUCUAGAGAUGAGCAAAAAGGAAAGAGAAAAAGAAAGAAGAUAGAGAUAAGAGUGGAAGGGUGGGUGGGCGGUCAGGGGGUUGUUGCUGCUGCUGCUGCUCUGGAAUGCCUGGCUCUUUGUUUUAAUUAAUAACAGAUGCCUGAAACUGCAGUUUUUUUUCAGUGUAGAGCAGUUUAAACUGUUAAUGUUGUUGUGUCUGUGUGAGAGCACUUCACUUUACAGUGUGUAUCCAAGAAAAAUCCCUUUUUCUCCUGAGUCUCCUUAUGGAUCCUAAACUUUUGUACCUGUAUACUUUAGCAGCGGGGUAAAAUAAUAUUAAAAACAUCUUUUAGGAAACAUUUAGAUCGAAUGAAAGUAGUUUGUUGCCAAAGAAUUGAAAUCAAAUAACAUUCUGUUGUACAGCAAUGUUCUUUUUGUCAAAUCCAUACUUUCUAAAUUUGCAUUUGCCCUCUAGCCUCUAUUUAUAAUGUAUAAGUUAAGGCUUUUGUUAGGGGUUUCAAGCUAGCUACAAAACAGACUAACUUCUACUGAUGGGUCACUCUGACCUUCAAAAGUAAACAAGACUAUCAGUGAAAGAUUUACUGUGUCUAUAAAGCUUUGCAUGUCUAAAAUCAUUGUGGCAGGGUAUGUGUCAUAAAAGGUAGAUUUUUAUGUUAAAUGCAUAGGAUGUUAAAAGAAAACAUGAUGAGUUUUUUGAAAAUAGUGCAAAGGACAACAUCAAAAGUGCCAAAAUUAAUGCAGACCCAAGCUUUCAAAUGAAUUUUCUAUCAUCUGAAUCAAAUACUUUUAAAACAAAGUACAAAAAUAAAAUACAAAAUAAUCAAACUAAUCUAAAAGUGUAAUAGUAAGGUCAGUCACACACAGUCCCGAAGGCAUGUUUUUUUUUUUUUUUUAAAUCACUGUUACUGUCACUUUCCUGAGUUUAAUGUCUUCCUUUGUUUUUGUGAUUUAUGGUGUCACCAUUCUUGUUCUCUAUCAAGGCUUGGACCUGAAAAAGCUCUUUAAGCUUAUUUAUAGUAUCUAGGGAAUAGUCGUGGGGUUUUUGUCUUUGAUUAAGAGGUUAUCUCACUUUUUCGUGUCCAAAAGUGAGAUUUUUUUUGAAAACUUUUUUGGCUGACAUGUUUGCUAUUUGGCAUUAUCCUUUGUCAUGUCCUCAGUUGUGACUUCUCUGAGCUUUAAGAACAUUUGCGCAUCUUGUGAAUUUUAAUUUCAUAAAAGAAGUUGUAGUUGCAUGAUUAGAAAAGUAAAGCCAAUGAAGUGCCUUUAAUCUGCAAUUCCUCAAACACUAAGCUAGCGGGCAACAACUACCAUUCUUACAAAAACAAGUUUCCUCUGAUAUGAUUUUUUAACUUGAAGCUGCUGUGAGAAACGUUUGUUUUAAGUUAAUUUUGGUGCUUUCUGCGGGGGGUGUACACUGACCAGUGCGACACCUACCCUAUGACAGUAUUUAGAAACGCAUCAAUAAGUACAGUAUUUAAAAAGUAAAUCUAAUCAUUAAAAGCUUUUUUGCCUUUCUAGGUUUAUUUGUUCUCUCAGGCUGGAUAUCUCCUCCAGUCACCACAAAUAUGAUGCCAAUCACGAUACGGUCAUGAUAAGUGGUUCUUUUGAGUUAAAUCUGUCUUUUUAGUUUACAUCUGGUGUCAUAACUUUUUUUUCACUAUUUCCUGUCAUUACGUCAUUCUGCAUUGAGAAACUGUAGCUCAUGAUACAGUCUGACAUUUAUGUUUGCUGACACUCGCAUUAUGAGAAAUCCGCAACAGCUCCAUAAUGUAGAACUGAUGUUACUCCACCUUCUUUAAACCGCGUUGAUAACAUCUCUGUCCCACGCUUAUUCUUUGUGUGGAUCCUUUCCUCCGCUCUCUGGCAUGCAGGAUAAUCACACAGUCAAGUCAUCGUCACUGUGACUGUCUGCCGACCAUAACAUGACGCCAGUCGUUAUGACAACAUACUGCAUCUGCUCUGUAUUAGUGGUGAUGUUAGAUCAGUGAUGUGAUACAGCGGGGGAACAGCUCACAAACAGGGUAUUCCCUCUCCAGCAGCACACAUCUGAAAUAAUGUGUCUGCAAUUUUGAUAUAAACAGACUGAAAUUAUGUUUUUCAAUAUUUUAUCAAAAAACAGCUGUAUCUAAAGACCCACCACAGGUUAGUAAACCCUAAAUAUGAUAAAUAACAGCCUUUUUCUGCUUAUUUUCUUUCUAAAGCAUAGCUACGAAUCAAACAUUAGCUGACUUCCAAAGCUGAUUUCAGAGUGAAAUCUCAUUAAAAGGCAUAAUUUUUAGCUGUAUCAAACUGAUCUCCAUACUCAAUUUAACAAAGUCUGAUCUUAUAAAAAACUCAAAGAUUCUUAACUUUGCAAGAAUUCAUAUUUUUCCGCAGAGCCAGCCUCCCUCAGGCAUGGCUUUUCUAAUAUAUUCAGCUCCUCUGCUUGAGGGUUAUAUCUCAUAUUUCUAUGAUCUUGCAGAGAAUAUGACAGCCUUAGGGGGAAGCUGCAGUGAAAUGAGGGAACACAGACAGCAUACUCAGAUAAGUGGUGGGAGGAAACAUUAGUUGUAGUUAGGAAAUCUUCUUUUUGUCAUUCAGCUCGUGGGGUUUCAGAGAGUUCACUUGGGGAAAAAAAGUUUUCAAAUAUAUAGCUUUCAUAUAUACGGUAUAUGUACAGUAUAUGUGUCCUCUGGGGACUUCUCCCAGAGUGACAUCUGUCACUACUGUUACUUCUCACUUUGGCCCCUGAGGAAUCACUCUGCUAUGUUGCUGUAUCAUUCAUCUUACAGCGUCAUGGUGUUUCUUUCCAUUCCCAACAGAAAAUGUAGAUUUCAUCUUAACAGGCAGCUACUGGAUUUUUUGACCUGGUAUGUCAUCUUGGUUUACCUAUGUACAAGAAAAAACUUGCAUAUCUGCCAUCUACCACCUAUGAAAGACACUGUAUCUGAUAGCUUGAGACGCUCCUGCCGGAUGAAGGGAUAAAAGAUGUCUAUCAGUGAAAAAAUUCCUAAAUGCUAUUCCCACCUGAUGACAUAACUUCCUAAAAGGUUGUCUUAUCAAGAGGCACGUGGAGUGAUGGAUGAUUCAUGCGAUACGAUGUCUCCAAAAAUUCUCCAGAACUUCCAGCACUCAUCAGAUAUGUGGAUUUUAUUGUUGAAGGUGAGUCACCAAAAUCAGGUUGUGAGUCUUCCAGGGUUCAAGUUUGAGUUGAGUCCCCAUUUCCUACAAAUUUAGGGAGAAGACCGCCAUGUGACUCACAAACUUGUCCCUGUGUGAACCUGAAAACAGAUAUCAUUCAUAAACAUUAUUCUGACUGGUCCUGUUGACAUGCCUAUCAGUGGUUGAGUCACUUCAGAGACCAACAUUACCUCUCACGAUCAGUCCAGUUAACUUUACUGUCUCUUGGACAGGUGUCUGUUAAAGGUUGAGGUUGCCCUCUCAUAUUCUUGAUUCAUAUCUUCUCUUGCUUGGAUGUGCCACAAAGCCUUAGACAAGAAAAAUGCACAAAUUAUGGGACCUCUUUAAGCAUCCUGGCAGCAACUGUAGUUGAAGGACAGUUGCUUCAAAUGUGAAUAAAUUAUUAUGGCCUCAAUGACAAGGGAAGGAAAAAAAGUGAUGAUAGAUGUCUUGAAAAUUUAUCCCGAACAUGUAACUCAUUAAGUUUGAAAGUAAUGGAGACCCUCCAGAUGACUUGUAAGCAGCCAAACAGCGGAGAGUCUGGUGUUUCCCAGCACUACGUAAAGGCGCAGACAGACGCUCUUCACCACACAGGAGACGAGAAGAAAGACAGAAGUGAAGCCAGACUGCUGAUUGAUUUCAGGAAAGCCACUGGGCCCACACACACAUAUUAAAAUACACACCCUCUUUUUCUUUUCCGUAUGUAUACACACACUCUCUUCCCUUUAGGCAAGCAUAUAAAUGUUUAGUGCACAGGGUCAGACAAGGAUUGGUUACAUGAGGAAUUCCCUACUUGCUCCUACAAUGACAGCUGGAUGAUCUGCCUGCAGGGAGAACACAUGUUGAUAAUAUCAGUGUGUUUGUGUUUGAGUGUGUGUUUUAUAUACUCCUUUGGAGGCUUUAUGGUUGGAGGGCAUGUAACCUGAAUCAAUUUGCUAGAUUAAAACAUUUUUUCCUGCCCUUCUAUCAUCUGUCAGGGUGUGGUGGGUCGUGAGCCGUUCCCCUUACCUGCAGUUCCAGCUCCCACUGAUAAUUCAGAGAGUUACUAUGAAGAGGCUCAGCCCUAUGAGGAAACGUUCAAUGGUAAGAAGUCUGCUUCAAUGCUAUUUAUAAUGUUCACAUUAUGGUCCAGUUCAAGUGGAUUGUUAAAAAUGUUCGACUUUUUAAUGUUUGUUUGGAUGUAAAAUAAGUCACAGGAGGAAAAUAUACUAAGUGCUGACCUUCUCUGUGACAAAAUGUGGGCUCUUCAUUGAAUUAAAUACACAGAUGAAAUUAAUACACAUGGAAAAAAAAAACACAAAACCUGUAGCUUUAUUGUGAAUUCAACACUGCAGAGCUCUGAACCUGCAUUACUUUAAAGACUAGCAGGGGGUAAUGUUACUGGUUGCAAAAAAAGUCAAAUCCUGUAGGAGUCCAUUAAAAAGCAACCUUUUAUUUUCCAACUAUUUUUUUACUUUGAAGGCCUGUGUCCACCAUUAACUUUUUUCUUUGAGGGCCUGUGUCCACCAUUAACUUUUCACUUUUAGGGCCUUUGUCCACUUAUGACCUCUGUUUUGAAAUUGCCUGUAUUUUAAAUUUCAGUAUUCUGCAUCAAAUUCCCCCAUAAUUUCUCACUGCUGUUAGUUGCUGCAGUUGAACAUGGUUCUACUUUCUGAACACUGUCCUCUGAAAUUUCUGAUAUCAACUUUCUGGUAUCAACUAUAACAGGGGUAAGGGGCCAACAUCCAGGUUGAGGACCACCAAACUUGUGAAUUCAAGUCCCGUUUUUCAUCAUGUCUAAGAUCAAUGGAAAAUUCAAAUGUCAUGUGAGGCUGUUUCAUCAUGGAAACACUGGUAUCUCGCUUUUAUGACGUACCUUGCAAAUCUGGGAAUUUACAUGAGAGACAAAUUAUUCACUUUACAACCUAAAGCCAAUGACCUUUGUUUGUUCUUUAAAAAAAAUACAAAAAAAUGACACCUGUAACACUAACCUGUUAAAGAGAAUGGAAACAGUCUGAUCUAACGUAGGGGAAAGUUGUCUGUUUUCUGAGAAAGUGGUUUAACACUCGUCAAAACCUGCAUCAUCGGAUCAACCGUGGCUAUUUACAAGUGUUGCAGACACCAUGACCACAACCUGGAGGGAGCUUGUUUUGCUUGUAAUGUGCAUCACAAGUUCAUGACAUGUUGUGCUGUGGUAUUAAAGUUAUUUUAAUGACUCAUAAUUAGGACAGUGAGAAGUUUCUACAGUGUUGCUGCACUAAUUAAACUUGUGUUGUACCACAGCAGUGUAGCAUAUUUAAAAGUGGUGGGCUUGAGGGUGCAUGUUAUGGUUCACUUUACUCCAUUUGAACAAAUAGACUAUACUUUUACCAACUGGCAAGUUAAGAUCUGUUAUGAUACAUUCACAAAGGGUUAAAAGGUGAUCUAGGCCCCUGUCUUUAUUCAUAUUUUAAGACAUUUUUUCCAAUCUUGUUUCUUUAUUCCUCGCUUUCUUCUUUUUUGUUUGUUUUUCCUUCCUUUGAUUUCGUGUAGAUCUGGACUAUUUUGGCCUCACCUCAGGGCCUUGGAUGCGAAUGCAGAACUCUGACAGUGUGGUCUAUGCUGUUAUCAAUAGGGGUAUUUACUUGUUUGUCUCUGGAUGUUUGGUUUUUGUGCUGCAUGUCUUGCGAUUGCUUGAGUCAUGAGCAGGAAUGUGCACGGGCUGAUCUGCCUGAGCCUGCAGUACUCAUUUUCCAGCAUGGCCAGUGUCUUACAUGUUCACAAACUUCAUGAGUCAUUUAUCAGUCCCAUCUUACCAAUUUUCUUUCCAUUACACCCUUUAUAAAUGUUUUAAUAUCUUAUGUUUGGUCAGCAGUUGCAGAAGGUCAUCAAGAUCCAGAAAAAAUCAUCAUCUCUUGGUCAUCAGACUAAUUUAACAUGCCAUUAUCAAUCUAUUUUCUUCAGUUUUCCUGAACAUCUGAAUUUGUGUCUUAGAUGAUGGGGAGGCAGUCAGCAGUUCAUAUGAAUCGUACGAUGAAGAGGAAGUUACCAGAGGGAAAUCACCAUCGGCACAGCACCAGUGGCCAUCAGCAGAGGCGUCCAUAGAGCUGAUGAAGGACGCUAGGAUCUGUGCGUUCCUGUGGAGGAAGAAGUGGUUAGGCCAGUGGGCCAAACAGCUUUGUGUUAUCAAAGAUCAUCGACUGCUGGUGGGUAAAAGACCAUAAAAACCUUAAUUUCAGUCUUAGAAAAGGGAGUUUGAAAAAGGGUAUACUAUUUGUCUCGCUAUGCUAUCAGUUCAAUCUAAAAUGAAAAAGGUUACGCAAACUUAGCUGUUACACGAUGUCCUUGUUUUGCCAUUUAUUUUUAGGAUGGAAAAUCCAAGUCCUCUAAAACAACAAAAUGGAGCAUACCAGAGUUUACAACUGUUCAUUCCUCAUUUGGGCUGAUAACAUAAUAUUUUUAAAAAAGCACAAAAGGCCACCGACUCAAAAAACAAGCAACCAGGAGAGUGGAAGUGGAACUUAUUUGGUUUGUUUCAGAGUGGUGGGAUAAUGUGGCAUGUUGGUUUAAAAGCAGCAGAGAAGCAGUAAAGUGUGUUUUACAGGCAAAUAUACAGGCAAGUAAGCGAGAAAAGUCUACUUUUUUCGUUCACCUUUUAAAUUCAAGGCCUAGCUAGCUGUUGUAAUGCCAGCUUGGCUAAUUUCCCUUUAAUUUAAGAUCUAAAACUAAGGCAAAAACAUCAGAAGAGUAGACUUAUUAGCAUCUAACUUUCUGAAAAACUCAGAUUAACGUAAUUUCUAUCCUUUUUUUACCGUAAUGCAAAUAAGAUAAGUGGAUUUACCUCACUGCUGUGAAAAAAAAGUGUUUACUAAUUUUCACUUAUUUAUAUGUGAUGUAUUCCUAAUGAAAAGCCUUGUAAAUAAUCUGUUGCAGUAGGUGUAGCUUGUACUUGUCUGCUUUUAAAUGCUGUCCUUGCUCUUGUUAUGUAAGGCUUCGUUAAUAUUUAUAGACUAGAAGAAUUCCCCUGAAUACUUCACAGUAUGAAACCUCAAGAAGGCUGGAAUCAUUUAAUGUAGUGAUUUACAAUUCUAAUUUUUUUGUCUGCCAUGCUAAAUCAUUUAGGGAUUUUGAUUUAUUUUUAAAACACUACUUGUAUCAACACAGAUGCCACUGUUAGAAGCAUGGUAGAAAUGCUUCUCAGUCCUUUGCUUUUGUUACUAGACUCUUUUGCCUACAGUGAGCCUUCAAAGUGAAGUCAGUAUUACUUCUCUCUCUCAGUGUUAUAAGAGCUCUAAAGAGCAGACACCUCUGCUGGAUGUAAGUCUGUUGGGCUGCACUGUGGUCUACAAAGAGAAGCAGCUCAAGAGGAAGGAACACAAACUAAAGAUUAUUCCAGUGGGAGGGGAGGCCAUUGUGCUGGGCCUUCAGAGCAAGGAGCAGACCGAACUGUGGCUCAGGGUAAGCUAGUUCAAAAAGCAACCAGUGUCUCUGUCUACAAUCAUUGGACCUGAAUCUUUUUUAAAGCUUAUCUUAUUUUUUGGUAAUGAUUUUGAUCUGUAGGUCAUUCAUGAGAUAAGCCCCAAGCCAACAGAAAACUGUGAAGCUCAACACUCGAUGUCAGACUCUCCAAGGCUCAUCUGUACAAAGGUAUGCUAGUUUUUGGUGUUAGACUACUUUGACAAUAUCUGAAGAGGGUCCAAGAGCAUUUAAUCAUAUUUACACCCAAAAUACAUUACUCCCAAGAGCCUUUACCAACUCUAUAUGCAGGAUGUGUCAAAAAGCCAAAUCAGUGACAAUUGUUAAAGGGAUACUACGGCGUAAAAUUAAUUUAGGGUCAAACACACCGUAGCACUGCGUUAGACACCCCCUCGAGAGAUAAAUGUUGCCGACCGCUUGCUUCUCUAGUUAUACCAACUGAAGUAAGGACCGCACAAUAGCAAUACACAGCGGUCUGAGGAGCCAUAAACAAACCUCAACCAAAAAGCCACUCUAUAGCCACAAAUAAUGCUCAGAACAGAAUCUAACUUCAUCAGCAGUACAUGUAGGGUCCCAGCCACAGUACUAGCCACCAAACAUCUUUUUAACUUUGCCAAAUUUCUUUAGCAAAGAGACUAAACACAACUCACUUUCUCUUCCAGCAGCCGCUUGUUUGUCCCAAGACCUCAGGCCAGUCCAUUACAGACUACAGCGGGGUGACACAGCUCAAGGAAGAACAUUUAUGAUCAUUUCUCUAUCAUUUCCUUGAAGUAAUAAUCACCAUAUUAAUCAUUUUGCACUGCAGACGCGGUAGUUCUUUUGCCUUAGCACCUUGGUCUGAAUGCAUUUCCAUAAAGAAAUCAUCAUAAAUGUUCUUCCUUGAGCUGCGUCACCCCGCAGCAGUCCAUAAUGGACUGGCCCGAGGUCUCGUGACAAACAAGUGUCUGCUGGAAGAGAGUAGGUGAGUUUUUGUUUAGUCUCUUUGCUAAAGAAGUUAGUCAAAGCGGUUGUUACUAAAGUUGGUAUAACUAGAGAAGCAAGCUGUCAGCAACAUUCAUCUCUCGAGGGGCAGUCUUACUCAGUGCUACGGUGUGUUUGACCCUAAAUUAAUUUUACGCUGAAAUAUCCCUUUAAGUCUCUGUACUUUCAGAAAGUACUAUCCAGUGAGAGAGAAACUAUGGAGGGCUAAGGUAGUGUCCUGAUGUCUUCUAUUACAUGCACAAUCAGGUCCUCCAAGAGCUCCUAGUGCUCGGGUAACUGAUGUGUAUUUCUGAUGUGAAUGGAAAUUUCAUGGCAAAUAAGUGACAGGACUGUUGUGACUUUCCAGGGAGAUCUGAGUGAGAGAUACUCAGUAGCUUCGGAGAGUGGCAGCAGCACUGACAGUCACGCUGAGACGCCGGACAACAAAGAUGGUAAGCGGCUUCUUCGGCUCUGCGCUCCAAGAUCUGAGUGUGAGCAGCAAAUUUUUUUCAAAAAUCAGGCUUAGACUCUGCUUUCUUCCCCUUCAUAGUGAAGAAAAAGUACGGUGCAGGUCUCAAGUUCAGUAACCUCAUGAACAUCGGGAAGAAAAAAACAUCUUUAUUAGAGAGCCCAGAGAAAUGUGUGAACACCUCAGGUCAGUACAGAUCUACUCUUCAUGUUGCAUCAUCACUGUAAAAUCCCAAAAUAUUAAUACUACUACAAUUUCUCACUGCAUUUGAAUUUGUCUGAGUGGGUGGUCUCUGCUGAAGGCCUCUCCUCCUACUUAGUACAUUCUAUACAUGUCAGUAUUUCUUAUUUGCAGCCUUUAAAAUGAAGGUUACAAUUUGGCUGUCCUAUUAGUUUGCUUGGUUUAACAAGUACCAGUAUGUUUUUGAUGUGAGGCACAUUUAUAUACCCACUGGUGAGCUCUUGAAACAUAACUGCCUUCUUUUUGUUGCAUUGAAUAAUUAAAAAAAGGCCAAAAAGUCAUGAAAAAUUUGUAUAACUAGAAGCAGAAAUACCAGAUUUUGAAGUCAGCUUUUCUUUCCUCUGUCAGGCUACCUCAAUGUGUUGGUGAACAGCCAGUGGCGGACCUGCUGGUGUCUAAUCAAGAACGGGCAGCUUUGGUUUUACCAGGACAAGGGCAAGAACAAAGUAAGCCAGCCAGCUGUGACCCUGGGGGGUUGCAGUGUUUUGCCUGACCCGAGCCCCGAGCAUCUGUACUCCUUCAGGAUCGACAUGGACGGCACACAGCUCGCAACCCUGGAGGUAGAUGAAGGCUGUCUUUUUCUGCUACAUACUGCUGUAUCCCAUGAUGUGCUCUGUCAGGUGUUUACCUCAUGUCUACAGUUUUGUUUAUUUCUCUGUCAUAGUCUUUUUUUGUGUCUUCAACCCCUCCUUUGCUGUUUUCAUCCCUUUUCUUGGUUUCCCAAAGCAAAUAAACUAUUCAGAUUUCUGUAUGUGAAUUAAUAUGAUUACAGUCAGUCCUGUUAGUCCAAUUAGUCUGUGAUGAGAGCGACAUCUGUAGCAACAGCCUGCUUUAUUAUAUCUGCUGUAUACUCUCCAGAAAUAACAGACUCAUGCAAUUAACUGUUUUUAUAUAAUGCCCAAUCAGAAUGAUGCGCUUUGCACAGCUGUGUCAAAGUUUCAAAGUAAAGGUUUCUGAAUUCUGAAGCUGGCUGCAAAAUUAAAUACAUAUAGUUGAGUGUUUUCACAUGGUUUUUCUACCAUAGGUUAAUGCAUGCCUUCAGUUAGGGGGUGAUCCAAAGAGGAAGAAAAGGACAUACUUUAUUAACCCUUGAGAAGGAAACUCAAUUUAAUCAGUAGAGUCUAUUGUUGACCAUGCAACAGACAGGGAACACACAAAAAUGCACAAACAUGGGUCCUAUUGGCGUGCACUAAUGGAGAGAUGUCAGAGUAAAGGAGCUGCACACAGACGUGGGCCCUGAGCUGUUUGAAUGAUCAAUCCUAUCAAUAGAGAAAGAGCCAAAAAUUAAUCUUGAACGAAGGAAGUAGCCAAGGGUAUCAACUGAAGAUUUGACUUUGGUGUAUUUGAGAAAGGAAUGUGCAAAUUAUUUAAAAACUUUGUUAAAAGAAAUAUGUCAGAUUUGUCUCAGAGGGCCUACCAGUGGCUAGUGUCUUAAAGGCAGCAAAGGGAAAACACAAACAAGGUGUUUGAAAGACACAGGGCACACAGCUGUAUCAGGAUCAGAUGAAGGGUGUACCUUAAAGUCCAUUAAUAAUGAAUCUGGGCUGGCAAAAUGUUGGUAGGCAAAAUAACAAACUCAGCAUUUCUCUAAAAAAAACAUGUUAAGAAAAUAUACUAAUAUGUCCAUGUUUGGAAAUCAUUUUCUGCUGACAUCAAACUAAGCUCAAGUAAUGUAUGUAAACGCACAGGGGUGGUCUGUGUGUCUUUGUGUGCUUAUGACUGUAUGUAUAUGAGUGUGUGUGAUGGGUGUGGACGUACUGGGAUUUCAGGGACUGAUGCUACGCCCUUUUUCAUUAGGUCUCCAGUACCACCCUGCUACAGUGCGUUUGGUCAUAAGCAGUGGAAUUUGAUGUUUAGUCUUGAGGGCUCUGCCUGACACACUUUUCUACAGAAACUUUCCUUUUAUAAUUUAUUUCAUAAUGGUGAAUAGAAAAACUUCAUCAAGGUUAUUAACUACAAACUUCAAAGGAGAAGCCUGUACAAUCCUGCUAUCCUCUUAACGCUGUAUUUAAUUGUAGGUUUGUUAUUGUUACUUUAUUUUGGAACAAUUUAGCUCAGCUGAGGACAGAUACAUAAUAAACUGCUGGGAAAGUAUGCUGUAGCAAUCAUUGCAUUAAUACCAAGUGACAGAUGGCACGCAGUAAAAACCAUUAGUGUUUUAUACUCAUGAUGUUGUAAGUGAUCGGUAUGUUAUAAGUGAUCUUUUCUUCCACUUGUUUCUUUCCUUUCUCUCUCUCUCUCUCUCUCAGGCUAAGACUUCUGCAGACAUGGGCAACUGGCUGGGCCUCCUGCUGUCACAGACAGGGACGAAGACAGACCCUGAAGAGCUGACGUAUGACUACAGCAACACUGAGAGGAUCUCCAACAUCGUCACUGCUGCCAAGACUUCCUUAUAGUGAGAUCAUUUCUUCUGUCUGUUUUAAGCAGCACAGUUUUUUGGAUAGAAAUUACAUGAUGUGUGCUGUGUGUAUCUCUGUAGCUUGAUGCAGAGGAGAUAUUCAGAGCCAAACACCUACACUGACACCCCACCCUCCAUCUCCAACAACUCUGAUGAGCUGUAUGAUGAUGUGGCAUCCAUAGCUGAUCCAGAGGUUUGUUAUUGAUUUUUUUUAGUUGAACUGUUUAAAUAUGAACCACCCAGUGCUUUCUGUCAGUAGAUUAUGAAAGUAAUCCCACAGCACUGCUGUUGUAGAAUAAUCUGCAUGCAUCAUACUAUGUUACAGAGGUGAAAUAUAGCAAAGGAAACAUGAAAACAGUUGUUAAAACUCAUGUCUUGUCAUUAGCAGCAGCUCUAGACCUUGAAAUUGAACUUCUGUCUUUUAGCAGAGAAGAAUGAUCUGUUGGUUUGGUGCUUUUUCAGCUUUUAAAGCAGCCUCUCUGACCUCUUUCGAUGCUCUGUGACUGAUUUCACUUUCAUUCUCACUUCUUUUUUGGCCACUCUCCAUUUCAUAACUUCCUCCUCUAAUGUAUAACAGGAUGCUGAAGAGAGCGCCCUGCCUGACAGUGAGGACAACAACCUCCAAGAGCAAAAUGCAACCUUCACACAGGACAAUAAGGACUCAGAGCAGGAUACUGACGAUAGGGUUUACCUGGAUCUGGUCCCUGUACGCUCCUUCCUGCACACGUCCUGUGGAAAUAAACCUGCUCCUGCCAAAGAAACUUCAGGACAUUCUUCAAUCCCAGGAGAAGACCAGAAGGACCAAACAUCUCAAAAUAAUGAGGUACUUCAAAGGGAUUUAAACUGAUAACUGUUUUUAUUAUCUUUCGUCGGCUUAACUCUUUGUUUUCUGUCUUUUAAUUUCAGGUAACUUCAACAAACCCAGCUGAGCCAGAACCAACACCUGCGUUAAAUGGAACAAGUGCUGCCGCCGGCAAACCAGAACUAGAGCGGCCCCCAUCUCCGAAUACCCCACAACAACAAUCUCAACCAGUUAAGACCUUGUCUCAAAACCAGGAGACCCCAAAGAGGACCCUUGAGAUCCCACAGGUCUUCAACUCCCCCUCCUCGGGGGUACAGAUUCAUAGUAAAAGCCUGGUGGUGCCAAAUGCAUCUGGGUUUCCUCAGAGUCCUCAACCCCUGCGGCCCAAGUCACAUACAAUAGGUGAGGAUGAAAAACAGGGACACAUGGUUUAAAGGUUGCUGUUUUAAUGUUACACUUCAAUGGCUCCCUCUUGUGGAAGAUUAAACCCACUACACCCAAAGGCAUCAAAGUUUAACUGUAUAUUUCAAUAAAGAUGUUGAUUUUUCUCAUGACAAAAGCAUCUUCUUGGUAUGUAUUUGCAGUCUUUGAAAAAUUUAAUCAUGAUAUCUUUUUAUUUGUGUAUGAAUUUAUAUCUGUCAUACUUCAUAUUUUAGGGUGUUCUGGUGCAGUUGAAGUAAAACUCGGCAAGAACCGCACAGAAGCCGACAUGCGACGCUACACUGAUGACCGUGACCGCCUUGAGAAAGAGAGGGAGGAGGUGAAAAGCAGCCUGGCCAACCUGAAGAAGCAGAAGAGGGAAACCAAAGAGGAGCUAAGCGCCUGCAAAGGUUCACAUUGAUGUUUUUGUUGUGCGGUACCUUCCAAUCAUGAAGUCUACAGCAAUGACUGACACCUUUCUGCUCUCCUUAGACCCCAAGCAACAGGCCUCAUUAGAAGCCCGUCUGAAGCAGAAGGAGGAGGCGUGCCGUGAGGCGGAGCAUCGCAGGGUAGAAGUGGAGCUGCAGUUGAUGGAAGUGAAGGAGUGUUUGAAGAAGGUGGAGUCGGGACCGUUCACACUAGGAACCACACUGGACAGCAGCCUCCAGGACAUGCCCACAGUGAGUGUGAGGGCAGAUUCAUUUAAAGAAAAUGCAUUCCCUCUUUUUAUGUCUUCAUCUUACCUGUUACUCUCUCUACUCUAUAGUCCAAGACAGCAACCCUACCUGCUUCCCAGACAUCAUUAUCAUCAUCAUCAUCGUCGUCCUCAUCAUCCCAAUCUUCCAACAGCAACGUCAGUGCUGAUCCUGCCUCUCCUGCCUCUCCUGUCAACUCUGCCUCUGCACUCAAGAACAGACCUGCUUCUAUUAUGGCCACGAAAGGCAAAGUCCUGCAGAAAGCCAAGGUGAGACCAUAGAUUUCUAGAAUUGAAGUUUGAAACAACUUUUACAGUAAUCACCACUAGACAAGAACCUACUUUUUGAAAAAAUCAAAGGACAGGCUUGUGUUUUUAAGUCUGAUCAAAGCAGAAAUACUGAGUUAGCAGCUGUAAUGUCAUGUUAAUGAUUGAAAAAGUCCUCUAAAGGUAAAAAUGUUCUCUGUUUCUGAGUAAAUGUAACGAAACUUCUUGGCUAAUUUUAGAGAAAAUUGAGAUUUAAACUCAAACUAGGAAAUUGUUAAUUGAAACAUUUCAAGAACAUUUUGAAAAUUAUUACAAAUAACUUUUCAAAAGUGUGUGUUCUAGCUGCUUAAUUGUGGUUUUGCCAAGGGCUGCACCGUUAAUGUGAAGGUGGCAUGCAAAAAUGCACAAUAAAUAAGUACUGUAAAUAAAACAGUAGUUUUAAUCAUAACCAAUCUUUUGGAGUCCAAAUCUGAAAAAAAAAGAUAAAACAGUGAAAAGUUGUCAAAAGUUUAUGGCAAAUUACCAUUCAAGGACAGGUGGUAUAGUUUUCAAUUCAAGUGCUUGGCUACUGAUGAAGUACUACUGCUAAAGUCCAUCCCUUCGCUGUACACAAAAUUAAAACAUAACUGUAACACCAUCUUUUGUUUUAACAGGAAUGGGAGAAGAAAUCCACCACCUAAAAGAUAUCCAGAAUGCAGAUGUCUAAAGUUUAUGCUGACUUGGUCAACCACAACUUGUUGGGUUUGAGGACCAUUGAGUGAAAUGACCAACCAGUCUAGAAGGCCAGCCAGGGGUGGCAUGGGCCCCCAAUUGAGAUUUAGUUGGCCACCUCAGAAUUCAAAACAAUGAUUGGUUGUUUUGCUUUUUAGAGGCAAGAUUACCCGUAUUUGAACAACGAUAAGAGACUUUUUUCCUUUGAAAUUCAUCUGAAAAAACCUCGCCAAGACAGUGUAUGGCAUCAGUUAUCUAAAGAGACAGUGUACCCCUCAUGACUGAGACCAGAUACCACUCUGAGCUGAAGUACCGGGAAGAUAAAAGCAAGAUUUGGUCUUCAAAAAAGUCAUUUCCCAAAUAGUUAACUUAAAACUUGACCUUAUGAUCAGGGUUGUCUUGUAUUCAGGUCAAUGCAGUAUCUUAAAACUAACUGCAUGGACUGUUUUAUAUCAGACUGCCGGUAGCUUUUUUCAGUUAAAUGUAGCACAUUUUUCUUUGAAGGUUCUUGAUUGGUAGAAAAAUGCUUCACACAUGUACAUUAUAAGACAGGUUGUAUAAGAGGUAUCAGAAAAUCAAAAGUUGCAGCUUCAACUCUUACAUGCUAAUUGCCAAAAAUAAAUUAUGGCCAAAAUAAUGCCAGUAAAUGUAUUUCUGACUUGUAGAUGGGGCCCAAAAGGAAAAUGUUCAAACAAGGUCACAUUAUUUAAGAUCUAUGAAUCAUGAUUUUGAACAAACAUCAUUUGAGUCUUUUUAAGAUUUAGCAAGUGAGAAAAUAACAAAUCUCAUGCCACCCCUGAAGUCAGAGCCCAUGAAAGAAGUCUGGACACGCCUCUGUCGUCAGCCUCCCUCUGGAUCCUUCAUCGUCUUCACUACUCUGUCAAGACAAUAGAGGCAGAGAGACACAAAACCACCAGAUGAUCCAACUUUUUGAGAGGGUUUGCCCUGUUUUGUUUGAUUGAGGAUGCACCUAUAACCUAUAAGGCCAGUCAAACUUGUUCCUCAUAAAAAAGCACAAUGAAUGGGAAUGAGCCCAGACAACAUUUGAGACCACUUCAGUUUGACACACAAACUCUUUUACAAAAACGGCCCUUUUGUACACCAUAGAUUGUAGCUUGGUUCAUAUAUGCUGGUAGCCAAGAUGUAAAUAUAUUGACACCAUUAUUCAGCCUGUUGGCUUGUAUUGCUAGCUAAAGAUGCACUUUUUAUUCAAAUAAAAAUGUACUGACAAUAAUCUCGUCUCAACAUUUGAUUUUGGAAAUGUCUGUUUUUGCUUUUAGCCGAACAUCUGCCUACACA